CAGCAAUUUGCUUGCAAGAGUGAGACAGCCAGCAGGCCUCGAUUCCAAGCUCACUCUUAUUACGGGCCAUGGCCAAGACAGAACUCAUCGACGACCAUGUCUCGCUCAAGCAAUGUAAACGCGCAGUAACAGCCCUUCAUGACUAUGCCACAAAGAAAGAGAAGGAAAGGGAAGAAACUGAACUCUUACCGGGCAAAGAACAGCAUGUAUGGCUCCAGAUCACCGUAAAGAAGAUGCAGCCAACACAAAAAGUAAAACCCAUUAGAAUCCCUCUGAAAUACACUCUAGUCGACCCUAGGACGUCUGCUGUGUGCUUGAUCACAAAAGAUCCUCAAAGGGAAUACAAGGAUCUCCUUCAGCAACACGACAUUAAGUUCAUAUCCCGUGUGGUCGGGAUAGAGAAAUUGAAGGGUAAAUUCAAAGCGUUCGAAGCACGACGGUUGCUCCUGAAAGAAAAUGCCCUGUUCCUUGCGGACGAUCGCGUUAUACCACUCCUCCCACGUCUUCUCGGCUCAAAAUGGUUUGAUGCCAAAAAACAACCUAUACCCGUCAACCUAAAACGCAAGGACCUCAAGACCGAACUGGAACGCGCCGUAGAAUCCUCCUACAUGCACCAAAACAGGGGAACAUGCACAUCGGUCAAAGUUGGUGUAUUGUCACAAACACCUAAGCAGGUACUAGCAAAUAUCCAAGCCGCCUUACCGGCUAUUACCAGCCACAUAAAGGGUGGAUGGGACAAUAUUCAAUGUCUCCAUAUUAAAACCAAUUCAAGCGUAAGCCUCCCAAUAUGGUCGUGUGAGCUUUCGGAUGAGGUUGGGGGACGCUGGGCUGGCUUGACCAUGGAAGAAUCGGAAGAGGAGGAUGGCUCAACCGACGAAGGUGAAUCAGAGGAUGAGGAUGAGAUGUCUGUAGACGAGGCCGAGAUUCCGUCACGUUCCCCCACACCCCCUCCGCCGAAGAAGGUUCGCAAAAAAUCGGCCUUUUCGACUGCCGCAUCCGCUGCAGAAGAUCGACCACCAAAAAAGAAGGGUACACAAUCGACCCCCUCGGCUAUUACUCCCGCCACAGCGGAUCAACCGCCGAAAAAGAAGGAAAAACCCACGAAGACCUCUGAGGAUCGGAAGGAACGGUCGAAUAAACCUUCAUCGCCCCCUCCAGUGGCUACCAUCAGCCAUGAGGAGGUGAAAACCAAGCGAAGCGCGGACACAGGGGAGAAGAAGAAGGAGAAAGUCGUCAAGGGCAGAGUAAGCAAAUCGCCAAAAAACGCCUUAAUAGGUAAGAAGGCUGGGGAGUCCUCGCCUGCCGCACCCGCAUUAGCGGAUCAGCCACCGAAAAAGAAGGAGAAACCCGCCAAGACAGCUGGGGAUGCGACGGAACAGUCAAACAAACCUUCAACACACUCUCCGGUGGCCGCCGUCGGUCGGGAAGAGGUGAAAACCACGGAGAACGCGGACGUUGUGGAGAAGAAGGAGAAAGUGGUGAAAGGCAGGAAAAGCAAAGAAAAACCCCCCAAGAUCGCUGGCGAUCAAACGGAACAGUCAAAUCAGACCCUCAUCACCCCCUCCGGUAGCUACCAUCAGUCAAAAGGAAGUGAAGAGCAAGCGAAGUGCGGACGUCGGGGAAAAGAAAAAGGAAAAGGUUGUGAAGGGUAGAACAACGAAAACGCCAAAGGACACGUUGUUAGGCAAGAAAGUGGGGAAAUCGUGACGUGUUUUUCUCUUGCGGCACCUGAGUAGAUCCGGUGUACUACAUGCUACACAUGCCCUUGUUGAAUUGACAACACUUGAGUCAUGAGAUCUUGAGACAUGAC